CAACUUUUCAGUCUUACACGUCAAGCCGGUUCGUGCGGUCGUGUUUAUUAUUCUCACCGUUUGCUUGCGAUAUUUAUUUUUUACUCCAAUAUUUCUCUUAUACCGUAACCAUAAACAUCAUCCUCAGCCACGCGAAUGUUCUCAUAAUUAUUUUUUAAAAUUCAAAAUUAUUUUAUGCAGAUUUUCAAACCGUAAUUAAGUAACAAGUCUAAGUGGAAUCCAGUGCAAGCGACACAUCGACAGUGAGAACUUAUUUUAGUUGGUGGAAUUUUAAAAAAUAGAUUUACUGAACCGGAAGUUGGAUUCCCUACGACAACCCGUGGAUAUUACUCUUCGUAGCUGCCAAGGAAGACGACGGAUACGAACGUAAGAGGCCAAGUGUAGGAUGGGCUCGUCAGUGCGAGGAAUCGCGCUACAGUGAAGAGGAGGAUCCGUUAAGAAACGGAGGUACAAGACGGAGUAUGCCGUCGUCUCAAAAUGCCGCCACUGAGCGGCGAAACGACAGGAUGAUUUCACACGAACCGCCAAAAUUAAAAACAACUUUAAAGACUUCGCCGAAACAGGCAACAAAUCCACUGCAGUUUGUUAAAGUCGGGCCAUGUUCACUUUAUCGAACUGCUCAGGAGCAGUUGCAGAAGGUACAGGAAGUCAAAAAAGUUAAACAAGAAGUACGCGAUGACCCAGAAGACUGGCAAUCGAAUUUGGAUAAUUGGAAAAGCAGCCGAAGGAAGCGACAAGAGCACAUUAUCGAACGAGUCGUAGAAGUUAAGAAACUCGAAUUAGAGGAACAUGACAGACAUAGACGUCGGAGUAAAACGUUUUCAGAGAUGAUGGAGGAACGCAGUAGUCGGGGUAGAAAAUUGAGUAUGAGCCUGGCGCUGUAUCACGAGGAAGAUUCAAAUGAUUUGAGCGAUCUCGGGAUUGGGACGAGCAGCGGUAAAAGUUCUGUAAGCGGCGACACCCACGACGACACACAGAGUGUUCUUAGCGAUCGAGAUAGCGAGAUCGACAAGAAUCAUUCGGAUCUAGACAACACGUCUCACGAAAACGGCAAUACCAAUGACAAUAAUAAUAUCAAUCCCGUGACAAAUUCCGUCAGCGUCACGCCGAUAACAAAAAUGGCGAUUAGUAAAAAAUCUUGUUCAUUCGGCAACGGGUUUCAAGAUGAUCAGCGAGAAUACGAUUCCGGGACAACUGCAACAACUAGUUCACCAGAACCUGAUGAGUACAAUUACGAAGGAGCUAUUCGUUAUAAUAGAGCGCCGCCGCAAACUCUUCCCAGAACCUCAUUAAUUAAACACGAGUCUAAAUUAGACAAUAAGUCAAUGAUGUACGAGGAAGGUAUUGCUGCAAGUGAUAAAAGUAUUCCCGUUGUUAAGGUCGAUGUGCUGAAACGCCGUGAAAUAUUUGAAAAAGCCGCACAAAAGACCGCUGAUAACAAAGUUAACAACAACGCGAGCAAUCGCUCAUCUGGUGAUUUUUCCUCGGCGGUAUCUAUAAAAGAAAGACUUUUGAGUCUUGAAAAACAAACAGUCGAAACUGGUGAUGAAGAAGAAAAAAAUACAAAAGUUAUUGACAGGCUUUCUGGUGAUAUGACGACAAUACGGGAACGGUUGAGUUGUUUAGAGAAACAAGUAUCUGUACGUGAAAAUAAAAUAUCACGUAAAUUAAGCAGUGAUGAGUUUGAACCCGUUCGACCUUUGCGUGAGAGAUUAUCAACACUAGAGAAAUAUGCCAGCAGUGAUGAUUAUUCGUCUGUUCCGCCUCUUCCUCCAGUGAAACCGCAACCGAGUCCAAGGCAACACGUUGAAUUUACGACGAAAGUUAAAGAUCGUCUGUCUGUUUUAGAUUCCUCAAGAAGUAAUAAUAAUAAUAAUAUAAAUAAUAAUAAUAAUAAUAACAAUAAUAAUAUUAAUAAUAAUAAGGAUGUUGAUAAGAAACCGGUAGACAAACAGAUCCUACGUUUCAAUAAUCGUGAAAUUAUAAACGAAACAUCGCCAAGUGAGAGAAGUUCUUCUCCAGAUUCAGAGUACCGGGCGCCACGUGCUACCUUCCACCAAAGUCUUGACUCAUUGGAUGCCGACGCGUCCAGUGAACCCGACACAUUCGACCGCGUUCAGAGUCUCGAAGAGUUGGAUUAUGUAAGAAGAAGAUAUCCGACCUCAGUAUCAUCUACUGAAAUUCUCAAUGACACAGACCGCGAGGAUUCUGGUAUUCACACCGCCGACGUCAGCUGUUCAGUCAGUCAGGCUGACGAACCAGUUGACGAAGAAGUCGCCCACCCUGGGACUUCAAUUACUGUUCAAGUUCGGGAACCAGUUCAAGAUGAUCGUGAUGAUGGCGAUAAUGACGAUGAUGAGGAAGAUGAUGAACAAGUGAUUACUGAGUGCAGUCAACUUAAAAAGUCAGAGCAGCAUGAAGAUGAGGAUUCAAAGCCGGAAAUAUCUCAAGAGAAAAGUAAAGAGAAAGUUGAUAGCCAGCUGGAGUCGGCAGUGAUAAUAGAGGGUACUGCCGAAACUACUGGAAAGACUUUGCCAACUAACAAACCUCAAACAGAAAACUCAAAUAUCAGCCCUAAAUCCUCGAAUCGCGUUAUUGUCUACCAAAGCCCGCGAAUUCCUCCGCGCAGAUGUCCUCCAGCGAAAGCUACCCCAGAUAACUCAAGCUCGUCACUUCAAGAAGACUUUGAGUCCGAGUCAGCGGAUUCAAAAAACCCAUUUAAAUUUAACGAAUCAAAAACAUCCUCAGCUGAGUCUAUUUCCUUCACUCCACUUAAGCCUUCAAAAAUUCCCACUCCUCUUCCUCGCAAGCCAGUCAGCAUAAAACUCUCAUCCUCCGUUCCCAGCUCUCCGCCCUCGUCGCCAAUGAAACAGAGCACGUGCUCCAAGUCUCUCCCUUCAUCGCCACUCUCCUUCAAGCCUCCUUCCAAGAUCCCGUCGCCUCUCAAGACUCAAGAAGACACCGCAGCUGGGGAGUUUAAUUUAAAUAUCAAUAGUAAGUCGGAACGAAGACGUACAAUUUUUGAAGUAUGCGAAAAAAUAAUCGUGCCUCAAGAUGUCUCACCGGUACUGCCAGUAACGCCUUUCAUAACAGUCACCAAAGUUGACUUUACUGAUGAUCAUCAUCAACAGCAACAGCAACCAAGUGAUAGUGAGGAAUCAAUUGUUAUCGGUAGCAGUUUCGCUUUAGAAUCCGAGCAGCGCUCAUCAGAGUCAGUCGAGCAAGAAGAAGAAGAAGAAGAAGAAGAAGAAGAAGAAGCCCGAGCGAGUGAAUCGACGAGCAGCGGCAACCAGAGCGCAGAGUUACCUCUUACUUGUCCCAACGUUGAAGCAGCCAACAACGCCGCUCCCCCAGUUAUUGUAGUCGACCAGGAUAUUUAUCAAGACUCACAGUCUGAGUCAGUGGCUUCUUCAACGCAGCUGUCAUACGAGACAGAAUCAAACAUAUCCGACUACGAUAAACCGACAGUUGUUUCUCCAAUUGCCAUGGAGUUUAUUGAUACUUCUAUGUCGUUAUCGAAAUCUAUUUUCCCACUGAAUUUGUCGAGUGAUGAAGAAAUAUUAAACGGACUAAUUUUCCCUCUGGGACCGCCAUCGAGCGUAGAGCCACCAAAGGAAAAACCACCUCCACCACCAACAGAUUUAAGCGACGAAGAAAAUCAACCGAUCGAGCCUUUAAAGCGAUUAAAUUCAACCCGUCGUAUUAAAAAGGAAUUACGUACACGUCGCUCGGAUUUCUUGGGAAUCGAAGGGGUUAACGACGAUGACCUGGAAUUCAGCCUCGCGAAGCCGCCAGAUAUGGCUGCGAUAUUGGCCGAGGAGAGACGGAUCGAGCAAAUGCAUCGUCGUUCUUACGACACCGACAGCAACUACGAGCAAGACUCUAGCCACGAGCGAGACUCGGGUGUGGAGCUCAGUCACGUCGAGGACUGGAUUAAGCAGCCGGUGAGUCCAGACAUGUCACAGCACAGCCGUCAGAGCAGUGAACCGUUUGGUGCAAGUGUCACUUCCUCCGAGGAAGACGAGAUUACCAAGAAAGAACGUGAAAUCAUUGAAGUGCUCGAGAAGGAAGAGCAGUGGCGUUACGGCAACGAUCGUGAGCAGAACAGCGACAUUGGCGAAAAACUCGCGCACAAACUCCGAGAACUCGAGGAGGAGAAGAUGCAGCUGGAGCGUGAACGAGCCCAGGAAGUGGUGUUGCAUCGGCAAGACGACUCGCUGCGUAAGAACGAGGAGAUACAGCCGCGCAACUCCGAGGAAGACCAUUUGCGAAAUCAACAGCAGCAGCAGCAGCAACUGAUUCUACAGCAGCAGGAAAUAACGAUGCAGUCGGAAGUCAUCCGUGAUGAGGAGAUGGAGCUCAGGGAGCAGGAGAAGUUGAGGUUUGAAGUGGAACGUCUUAAAUUACACGAGGAUAUCUACGACAAGGAACGGAGAAAUGUUGACAUUCGCCGUCAAGAUGACGUACAUCUCAGAUCUAUCGACCGCCCGACCCGUCAACCAGAACACACUGUCGUAAAUGCCGUAAUGUGUGACCACGACGACGAGUACUCGUCCGGGGAAGUUCUACGUGUUGAGCGAGAGCUUUUGCAGUUAGAGCAAGAGGCACUGAAACGUCAGCGUACGAACAUGGUUUACCGUGAGCAAAAACAGCAGCAGCUCGCUGAACAGUUACAAGAGCAAUGGCAAUCUCUGCAAAACGUUAAUUACGCCGGGAACAUUGUCCACGCUACCUAUCAGAACAUCGACAUGGCCAACUACCGGUCCUCGAUGCCGAAUCUACAGCUUCAGGACAAUCAGCGCCGACGUCCGGCACCUCCGCCCAUUCCUCCGGCGAAGCCAUUAAGAUUAAUCGAUCAACGGCAACGAGACAUGACCAUCAGAAACAGUAGGAUUCCAUCAGCAGAUUCAAUUCCACAGCAGGUGGAUGCUUCGCUUCGUCACAGUACCUCGGCAAUCGCGCUAUCAACUCACGCUGGUCAGCAGAUGACCAAGCAGACUCUCAAUGCUCUGAGUGCAGUACCAAGAACGCGUAUUGUUAAAAACGAUCAGUGGGUCCAGCGGAGAAAGAGUGACGGGCCUCGAAUUAUCAGCCAGGAUUUGAAUUACCAGCACUGGCUCAUUCAAGAGGCAGAACAGAGGAGAAUUAAUGAGAAAAACCAACGCUCACCCCCACAAAGAAAACCGCAGCAACACGUGACUGGAACUUCCGUACCUUACACUGCCACAACAACUUCAUAUAAAUCUGAAGGCAAACCAUUACCGGAUUCAAUUAUUCAAACACUUACUCAGAGAAUACAAAAUAGAGCACAGGAGAGACCGUUGCCUCUUCGACGGAGGAUUGACCACAGUGCCAGUCAGGAACAUUUGCCCCAGGCGCAUCAUCAGCCGUCAGCGCAUCUCGCCAUGAUGCAUCAAAAAGCCCAUCAAUCACCUGGAACGUCUGCUGGCGAGUCUCAGGAAAAAUUGCUGAGCGUCAGUGGAAAGAAAAAAUGUUCUCACUGCGGCGAUGAGCUGGGACGAGGAGCAGCGAUGAUUAUAGAAAGUUUGCGCCUGUUUUAUCACAUGGAAUGUUUCAAAUGUUGUGUCUGUCAUGUGCGUCUCGGUGACGGACUUAUGGGAACGGACGUUCGCGUUCGUAAUCAUAAACUCCAUUGCCACAAUUGCUACUCAAGCGACGACGGCGUCAAGUUCAGCUGCGUGUAAAAAUAAUAAAAUAUUUCAAUGAAAUAUCAGCCAUUAUACUCUGACGUGUGUGUAAAUAGAAAAGAAAAAAAUAUAUGAGUGCCACAAGGAGUCUAAGAGUUAAAAUUAAUUUUAAUUUAAAAAUAGCCAUACUCCGGAUUAACCAUCGGAUGGGUAUUUAAAUUUGAAACUUAAAAAAGUAUAAAUAAAUAAAUAAAUAAAUAAUAUUUCUUUAACUGUCACGUGUACAUACAAGUGUGUAUUUAUGUAAUUAAUGCGUAAUUAGAUGUUAAGCAGAUAGUGCAAAUUGAAUGUUGAUUAAACUUUUAAAAUUAAAAAUGAAAGAUAAUUAUCACGGCGAAGUUAUCAAGCUGAAAGUAAUGUCAUGUGUUGUGUGUAAAUUAUUGUAAUAUAGGAUGUGUAAUAAUAUUUAUGAGAGCCCUCGUGCCACCUCAUGGGUUUAAAAUAUUAAUUGGCUUUCAUAGAAGCUCAAUUAAUAAAUAUUUUAUUUUUUGUUCUUCAUUAUUUUAUUAUAUUUUUAUUUUCAAAAAAAUUUAUCGUUUCUUUAUUAAAUUUGUUAUAAAUCUUACAUACAUAUAUAAUUAUAAAUGUAAAAGAAGUAAAAUAAAAUGGAAAAUAUAUGUAAUAUCUCUUCUGAACCGUUUAGCGAAACGGAGCAGAUAAUCUACAAUUUCAAUUUAUGAAAUAUAUUAAAUUACUAGCGUCAGUAAUUGCCUCUAAGAAUCAUCAUCACGUACUGUGAAAUAUUGUAUAAUAUAAUAUAAUAUAAUGUAAGUUUAUGUUAUUGAAAAAUGUAAUUUCAUAUUUAAAAAUAAAUGUCCAUUAUAAUUAAAAAAAUU